AUGGCUGAUAUCCAUCAAUCGGAGAUCCAGAUCUCUAGCCUCCCCACCAAAUCAGUGAUAAUCACCCCUCAGAGGGCCACGAUCACCCGUGAGAUUCAGACGGUUAUCCAUCCAGGCCAAAAUGCAAUCACAAUCCUAGGCCUAGACCCCAACGUGGACCUGGACUCCGUCCAAAUCGAUGGCUCCGGUCCAGCCACAAUAACAGACAUGCAAACCGAUGUCGUACCCCGGCGGGAGAAAUUCAACGACGUCUAUCCUGACCUCACAGUCGAUGAGGAAAGCGAUAUUGAUCAGGAUAUGACGACGGACGACGAAGGUAUUGAUAUCGAUGACUCAGCCCUCCAGGCUAUCCUUAAAGAAGAACAGACCUUGAACACCUCCCUUGCCAAGGCGCAGGACGAUAAGUCCGCAUCGCUGUUUGUGUUGCAGUUUCUUGUCGGCUAUGGCAAGAGUAUUGAGUCGACUAAUUCUGAUCCCGCGAAGUUGAAUGAUUUUCUGCAGAUGUAUCUUCAGCAGAGAAAGACGGAGGGGGAUCGGGCGAGGGAUACGGAGGUGAAGAUUGCGGAUGGGGAGAAGGCACUGGAGAGGGUUAAGCGGAAGAGAGAGCGGUUGGAGUCGGCUCAUACUAAGGCGAAGGAGGCUGCGUUGAAGGAGGUUCGGCGAGGUCGUGAGAAACGCGUAAGGGAGCGACAGGAACGACGGGCUCAGCAGAAACGGGAUAUAAAUGAGAAGAAGAUGUUUUGGACGGACCGCGUCGGGCAAGUCAAGGUCUAUCUUGAUGGGCAUGCGGCGGCCACUCCGGGGUCUAGUCGGCGGAGCUCGGUAACUGAGAAUGUCACGUAUAGUGGCCAGUCGAUUGAAGUUACCAUGAACCUGACGUAUAUCGUUCCUGGUCCGAACUGGGUGCCUCGGUAUAAUUUGAAGAUCAAUACCCCAGCGUCCGCCGCAUCACUGGUCUACAACGCAGACUUCCAGAAUAAGAGUUCAGAGACGUGGAAAGACGCUAAAAUUACUCUUUCCACGUCUCAUGCAGCCUUCUCAGGCCUUGAUGAACCAAUUCCCAUUCUCCAGCCCUGGCAUGUUACAACCUGCUCAAUUGAGGACCCUAAAUCGAUUUCAUGGCAGGACGUUUUACGAAGUCCGGCUGAGAUAAAGCCCAGCGCUAUGGCGACCAACGCAUAUCCGUAUGCCGCAGCCGUUGAUGCCCAAUUACGCGCUCGUGCGCACAUUAUGGCCAGUGCACGAAGUGUCCAAGAAUCCGGUACAGUUCCAAACGCGCAGCAGAUGCAACAACAGCAGAUGCAACAACAAGCCUUGCAACAACAAGCCUUGCAACAACAAGCCUUGCAACAACAAGCCUUGCAACAACAAUCAAUGGCACAACAAGCCCCAGCAGCGAUGCAUGGAGUAGGGGCACGCCGGGGACCGUCCUCAGCACGGCGCGAUUCGCGUCAUUCAUGGGUCCCGUCAGCCCGGAGAGCACUAGGAUGGGGCACUAGUGAGGAUAAUGAGGACAAUGAGGAAGGCAAUGACAGCGACAGUGACACUCAAACGAUUGCAUCACCUAGUAUAGAACGACAAGACUCGGUUCCGCAAAACUACGGUCUGACCACAACGUAUGAGCUUUCUGGUCUCCGCACCCUUGCUCCCUCGACUAGUCAUCGGCGCCAUCUUAUUGCUCAGUCGACCCUGCAAUCGUUAACCCUGACGCAUGUGAUUGUUCCCAAGAUACGUGCCGCUGCUUUUCUUCGUGCUCGAGUUAAGAAUACUUCGUCGGUCAAUAUCCUGCGUGGGAAGACUGGUAUAUCAGUUGAUGGGACCUUCUUGGGGACGUCUACACUGCCGAGUUGUGCACCGAAUGAUUCCUUCAAUAUUUCCCUUGGCGUUGACCCGAAUGUUCUGGUGACAUACGCCAAGCCCACAGUUCGGAAACUUUCUGCUGGAUAUAUCAGUAAGGAAAAAGCUGCAGUAUUUCGUCGAAGCUGCUGGGUGAAGAAUACGAAGAGCACAGCGAUUGAUAUGAUCGUUUCGGAUCAGAUACCGGUCAAGGACAAUGAACAGAUGCGGAUCCAGGUGCUAGAGCCAAAGGGCUUGGAGAAGGAAGGCAGUGAGGUGGACAUGGCGCUGGAAAGGGAUAGGGGUAAGGGGAAAGCAGUCAUGAUGAGGAAUGGUGAGGUCAAGUGGUUUGUUAGAUUGGAGCCUGGCAAGGAUGUUCGGAUGGUGUUGGAAUAUCACGCCAAGGUGCCCGAUGGAAAUGCGGUGAUUACAGCUACUUGA